UUUUUAGUAUUUUCCAACACUAGCGAAUUGGCGUUCUUCUUUUUAAAUGUGUUUGGCUUGUUUUUGUUUAUUUAUGAGAAUAAGAAUAAAAAGUGAAUGUAAAUCAAAGUAAACUAUGCUACCAUAUCGAAAUUUCGGAGAAACAAUCGAUGAAUAUGAAGUACAGCACCUGCUGGGCAAAGGAGGCUUCGCCUGUGUUUACAAGGCUAAGUGUCUGCGUACUCAUCAAAAUGUGGCCAUUAAAAUGAUUGACAAGAAGCUCAUACAGGGCUCGGGCUUAUCAAAUCGAGUUAGACAAGAAGUUGACAUACAUUCCAGGCUGAAGCACCCGUCUGUGUUGCAGCUUUACACAUUUUUUCAGGACGCCAACUAUGUUUACUUAAUAUUAGAAUUGGCCGACAAUGGUGAACUGCAUCGCUAUAUGAACCAGCAAAUGAAGCGUCCAUUUACAGAGGACGAAGCGUCUUCUAUACUGCGCCAGGUUGUAGAUGGUUUACUUUACUUACACUCGCACAACAUUAUGCAUCGGGACAUAUCGCUUUCAAAUUUGCUGCUCAGCAAGGAUAUGCACGUAAAAAUUGCCGACUUUGGCCUGGCGACCCAGUUGAAGAGGCCUGACGAAAGACACAUGACCAUGUGCGGUACUCCCAACUAUAUUUCACCAGAGGUGGUUUCACACAUGUCCCAUGGUUUGCCUGCUGAUCUCUGGAGCGUUGGCUGCAUGCUUUACACGCUCUUGGUGGGGCGUCCACCAUUUGACACAGACGCUGUACAGUCAACACUCAAUAAGGUGGUACGCUCUGACUAUACAAUGCCAGCACAUUUGUCCUAUGAAGCACGCGAUUUGAUCGACAAGCUGUUAAGAAAGAAUCCGCAUGAGCGCAUUUCCCUGGAGCAAGUUCUCAGGCAUCCAUUUAUGUCGAAGGCAGGUGGAAGCACAAUCUCCUAUUCAACACCUAGCUCCCUAGCUGAUUGCUACGGUCAAAGCAUUGCCAGUGGCGAUAGUGGCAUUGUGACAUUUGCGAGCAAUGAUUCAAAGAACUCGCAACGGAUACGCUCGGGAGAACAGCAAUCUAUACCACAAAUACUGCCACAGAUCCAGGAAGAAUUUGGUUUCUAUAAGGAGAAUCAAUUCAGGGUGGGAUCAACAGACGCGAUGGAUAGCACCGAUAUGGACUGGAAGCGUAUGGGGCAAAAUACACAAAAGUGCAAUUUUUUGGCACCCUCGACACCAUCGCUUGCACCUGUACCAGAAACUGCCAAUCCCAAUAAUGAGCGUAUAUCCGUUCCACCAUUAAACACGCUCCGUUUGCAACCGACACGCUAUAAGACCAAGAAUGCAAUCAUGAGCAUUGUGGCAAAUGGCGAAGUAAUCAUCGAAUUUAUAAAGUGCAAAAGUAAAAUGAAUGAAGAUCGAAUUGUUGAUAUAUGUCGCAUUUCUAGCGACGGACGGCGCAUAAUAAUCUAUCAGCCAGAUCCGGGACGAGGACUGCCCAUAAGAGAGAAGCCUUCAGAGCUGCACUCAAAUGGCACUGAUAACGCUUAUAGCUAUGAUAACUUGCCCAGCAAACACUGGAAGAAGUAUGUCUACGCAGCGCGAUUUGUGGGCUUGGUAAAGAGCAAAACUCCGAAAGUUACGUACUUCAGCAAAUUGGCGAAAUGUCAUUUAAUGGAAAACAUGGCCGAUUUCGAGAUGACCUACUAUUCCGGUGCCAAGCUGACCAAAUCUCCCAGUGAAGGAAUUAAAGUGUAUGAUGCCCACGGCGCAUUGCUCUCGGAUCAGACAAGUGCAGAGACACAACGUAUGAUUGAACAUAGCAAUGAAUGCUUCGCACACUGCCUGAGCAUUUGCAAUGCACUGGAGCUGGCGCAAACUGGUAGCAAUACUUGUUUUCCAGUCACAAUUGGAAGGCGGCCCAUUACGGAAGUGUUGCCUCCACAACGAUCAGACAGUCUGAGAGAUACGACCAAUUUCGCUUACUCUACGCCCAAGUCACAGCAGGGAUCCAUCAACUUCUCAAUGAGCACCAUCUCCUCGAUGCGCAGUGAUAGUGAUUUGAUUGCCUCCCAGCUGUUAGCUGCCCAACAGAAUGUGCCGAUUAAGCGAUUGAAUAUCCAAGGCAUAGGCACUGCCACAGAGCUGUCCCAUGGAGUUGUUCAAGUUCAAUUCUAUGACGGAUCAGUUAUUUCGGUCAUACCGGAGACUCAGGGUGGAGGUGUAACAUAUACGCAACCCAAUGGGGUUUCCACCCACUUUCCCAACCAUGACGACCUGCCAUUGGCUAUUAGGGAUCGACUCUCCCAGCUGCCCCAGGUGCAGAUGAAGUUGAGGUGUGCUCCUCUGAUGAAUAGCAAAAAGUUUGAAUGUAAUGCCAUGAACUCCAAGGCGACGACGUCUGCACCUUGGCACAAUCGUAUGCUAAUAUAGAUCCCACCAUUUACAAAUUAAUUUCUUUU